GCCAUCUUCACACAUGUAGUCUAAUAUAUGUGAUAUUUUUCUAUGACCGCAACUUUCAAACCCAACGUGUAAACACGUCAUCACUUCAGAGUUGCUAGCGUAUUUUAGAAAGCGACCCAACUGUGAUCAAGUAUGACGAACUACGCGCCGCUCAACAAUAACACAACUUUCGAAACAACAACUUCAAAGCAGAAACAGGUAACCCGCUUGUAUGCGAAGUGGCAUAACAUCUGGAGUACUAAAUGAUGGAGAGCAAAGAAGGGAGCAGUCAGGAAAAUUACAAGCAUGCACGGAAGGAGCGAAAGGAGCGCCUGGGUCCUGCACAUCGCUAUGUGAUCAACGUGCUGGCCCUCAGGCUGAACCUGCAGGCGUCAGCAGUGGAACAAUUCAUACUGGACUUCCCGCUGACUCCUUUUAACAAGUUCUUUGCGGUAAAUGGAAGUUCUACUCUUGCUUUUGUGUAUCAAGAGGUGAAACAUCCUGGAAUAGAAUGUGGUCGUGCAAUUCCUGGGCCCAGGAAAGCACUGCGGCUUGUCUACGCCAAUUUAUCAGAGAGACGCCUCACUGGCAUUUAUUGUGCCUUUAUGCGGCUACGAGUGGAUGUCGCUGUGACUCCUGAAAACAUACAGAAGGGGACCUUUUUUUCCAUGUUUGAUGCCCGGGAUGGCUUCCCUAAAGCCAUCAAAAACAGCUUCAACAACUUGAUGCCCAGUUUCCAGGCAGUGCUGAAAACUGACAGGUCCAGUCAGAGACCCCAGAUUAACCCAGAUUUUGAACACAUCUUCAAACACACUGUGAUGGGUUUAGAUGUGAUCCAAGGGAGCUAUCAGAAUGUGAAACUAGCAGAAGAAAAGAAUAUUGACUUCAGUCAACUGGGUUCCAUUCAAGAGGUGACUUUAGCAGCAGCCAACGUGGACUUGGUUAAAGAUCUGGAGAACCUCCUGACAAAGUGGUAUAAGCAAAUUGACCAGGUCCUGCUGGACACUCAAGCACUUAAGCAAGGUCUCGUAUCGGAAGGACCGCUGAGUGAGCUGAAUUAUUGGAGGCAGGCUUACUUGAAGUUCAACUCUAUCCUGACUCACAUCAAUAGCCCAAAGUGCAAGGCAGUCAUAAGCGUGCUCAAAAUCAGCCGUUCCAAAGCUCUGCAGAUGUGGCCAGUCCUGGAGGCUAGGGUGACAGACAACUACAACGAGGCCAAAGACAAUGUCAAAUUUCUAGACAUGCUAGAUAAAGUUUGCCAGCCUCUUUACACUAGUGAUCCGACUACCAUCGUGAAAAGUGUGCAGAACAUAAUCAAUGCGGUACAGAUGAUCCACACAGUGUCACGGUACUACCAUACCACUCAAAAGAUAUCAUCCCUCUUCAUUAAAGUCACAAAUCAGAUGAUCAUAGCGUGCCGACGCUACAUUUCAAACAACGGCACGUCGAUAUGGGAUCAAGAUGGUAAAACUGUUAUGAUGAAAAUACAGGAGUGCCUUGGUUUAUAUCAGGAGUAUGAGUCUUGCUUGGCGAAAACACAGGAAAAAACGAAGGAGAUGCCCGGACAGAGGCCCUUUAAGUUCUCGGAGAUGCACGUCUUGAGGAAGUUUGAGGUCUUCUGCAAGCGCCUCGAAUAUAUUACCAAAAUAAUGUCAGUGUUCAAGACAUUCGAGUGCUUGGGAAAGUCCAACAUAGAGGGUAUGGAGGCUCUGGCUGGCCAGUUCCGCAAAGCCUCCACUGAACUGAAGAACAAGCAGGCGGACGUGUUUGCGUCCAGAACGGUGGCCUUUGAAAAUGACUAUGAAGCAUUCAUGGCUUACAUAAUCACCCUGGAGGAGCAGCUAAAGGGAUUCAUGAACUCAAGCUUUGCCAAAUUUGACUCGUCCCAGCAGGCUCUCGGCGUAAUACAGCGUUUUCAGAAACUAAACAUUCCCUGUCUGAAGGUUGAAAUGCCCAAUGCUUUGGGUACCAUUCUCUUGCUCUAUGUCUCAGAAGUAGAGGCGGUGUCAAAGCUCUUUGAGAAGCAAAACGAGGACCCGCCCUUAGGCAGAAACAUACCACCUAUCUCCGGGAGGCUUCGCUGGGCCCGACACCUCUAUAAGAAAAUACACGAUCCCAUUUCGUACAUACGCGAGAAUUCUGAUGUCCUGACCACCUCUGAGGGACGCUCAGUGGUCAAACUGUACAAUCAAACCACAGCCGCAUUGCAACGCUUUGAGUCAGACCACCACAAGGCGUGGAAGGCCGAAGUGUCAAAGCUGGAUUUUGCCUUAAAUACAACAGUCUUGAUCCGCUGCACUGUGACGGGAAAGUAUAUGGCCAACUUUGAUCCCAAAAUAAUCGAGGCCAUUAAGGAAGCCAGCAGUCUGGUGAAGAUGGGUCUGGACGUUCCCAAGCAGGCUGUGAAAUUUCUCAAGGUACAGGACCAGUUGAAGAAUUACCAUCAUCGCCUGCAUACCAUUUUGACAGAUUACAAAGAAACUUGUGAUAAUAUACCGCAGGACUUUGUCUACCUGUUGACAUCAAUGAUCACUGAAAUGGAGUCUCUGCUUCGCUACGGGUCAGUGAUGGUCACGUGGUCCUCACUUCUCUUAGAAAACUACUUUGUUAAUAUUGACAAUGCUCUGUCUGAGCUUAAGACAAUCUUGAGUAAGGUGCAAGAAAUCUGUAAAUUUCACAUUGAUGAUUACCUCAAGGAGAUCUCUGAGACCGUUCUUGUUGAACUGCCUGAACAUGGCGGCUCUGAAAUUCAGCCCCUUGUUGAUCUCAAUCAUACUCUGUGCAAUCAUGGGGUCAGGGAACUGAACCUCAAAUGCUCCCAUAUUAAAGAAGCUGUGAAUAAGUUGGGAAGAGUGCUCAACUCCAUUUACAAGUCCAAACAACCCACAAAGGCCAUGGGCGGAAUUGGUGCUGGGCAGAAGGAUGCCCAGAGGGCCUCUGAACCGGCUGAGGGGGUGACAUCGGAGGGCCAAGAAAAGUACAAAGCAACACGUUUCGAAAAGGACUUCACAAAACAAUAUGACACCUUCGGCUCGAGAGUUCUGGACGCAUUGGUGGAAGCAACUAAGUUAUCCCUGAAGACCGUGGAGAGGCGAAUAUGUGGCUAUGAUUCUUUCCAGAAGAGAGCUGACUCCGGCUGGGUCCCAAUGAUGAAAUCUGAUGUGAAACUGGAGGCACCGAAUGUGGUGAUGUUCCCCACUGUAGAUGAGAUACAUAACGCCAUACACCAGAUCAUGGAAUUUAUCUUGGAUGUCAACAAGGGCAUUCAAUGCUGGGAGGUUGAGUACAGACAUGAAAUCGUCCCAUCCAAUGCUGGUCGGGAAAAGAUUAACUUCUACGUUCGUGUCAUUAAGCAUGAGGACAUCAAAGCUGUCAUUUUUGCCUUGAAAUCGGCCUUGAAGUUGCAGAGGGACAAUGCGGCCAUUGUUCUGGAUCGCUUCAAGAAGUUCAAGGAGCUGUGGGGCGAUGACAAGGAGAAGGUCAUCAAGGCCUUCAUGGACAAAAAGCCGACCUUGAUGGAGAUCAAAAGCAAACUGCAUCACUAUGAUGUGUUUGAAAGCCAAAUUGAAGAGAUCCAGAACACCAUCGUUGUUGGCAUGAUUCAAUUAUCAACAGACCAAUUAAAGGAAUCUCUCAAGAUUGAGGCCAAGGCCUGGAAGAGGCUUCUGUGCAAAUACCUGCGCAUCGAGUGCCGUAAGAAUAUCAUCAACAUCAGCCUGCAUACACACAGAAGCUUCACACAGCUGUCGCACCCCAUCACAAACCUGGACGACGUUCGCUGCUCCAUGAAGACGCUAGCCAACCUGCGGGAUGCUGAAAUAGACACGGACUUAACGCUGAUUUCAACUCAAGAUGCUUAUGACGUGCUGAUCCUUUACGAAGCUGAAAUGAUGGAAAAGGAACCAACGGAGGUUUAUGGACUGAGCCGUUUCUUCACCAGGCUUCUAGCAAAGGCUAUGUCCGUUCAGGAUCAGCUUUUCUGCAUGCAGCCCAACCUCAAGCAGGACCUACUUGAGCGUGUCAGUGUUUUUGAAGAAGAUGUCAACAAUUAUAUGGAUGAAUACGACAAUGAAGGCCCCAUGGUUGAAGGAAUUGAACCAAAAGAAGCCAGCCGCAGGCUCCAGGUCUUUCAGGCUAGGUUCUCCGAACUGUGGCGAAACUUUACCACAUACAACUCUGGCGAACAGCUUCUGGGGCUGCCCGUCUCGGAUUAUGAGUGCCUUCAAAAUAAAAAGAAAGAGCUGGAUUUACUCCAGAAGCUCUACGGCCUGUAUGACACUGUGAUGAGGACCAUCAGUGGUCACAGCAAGCUUCUAUGGAAACAAGUGGAUAUCGAAAAGAUCAAUACCGAGCUAAUGGACUUUCAGAACAGGUGCCGCCGUCUGCCCAAGGGCCUGAAGGAGUGGCAAGCCUUCAUGGACCUGAAGAAGACCAUUGACGACUUCAGCGAACUGUGUCCUCUGCUCGAGAUGAUGACCAACAAAUCGAUGAUCCGUAGGCACUGGGAUCAGAUCGCCAAUAUGACCGGCCACCCUUUUGAUGUGGAGUCGCCCACCUGCACACUGGACGACAUCAUGGAGGCCCCGCUGUUAAAAUUCAAGGACGACAUUGAGGACAUUUGCAUAUCCGCCGUGAAAGAGAGAGAUAUCGAAGCCAAAUUGACAGGUGUGAAAACAGUGUGGCAUGAUAUGAACCUGACGAGGAAUGAAUUCAAGGACAGGGGGGAGCUCAUGCUUCGAGGUGGUGACACCACAGAGAUCCUCACAACUUUGGAGGACAGUCUGAUGGUGCUGGGGUCGCUGCUCAGCAACCGCUACUGCACAUUCUACAAAGCUGAAAUCCAGGACUGGGUUUCAAAGCUGUCAACGUCAACAGACGUUAUUGAGCAGUGGGUCAUCGUACAAAACCUGUGGAUUUAUUUGGAGGCCGUGUUCGUCGGGGGUGACAUCGCCAAAGAUCUGCCUCAGGAAGCAGAACGUUUUCAGCAAAUUGACUCGACGUGGAUCAACGUCAUGCAGCGAGCGAAAGAUGUCCCAAAUGUGGUGGAGUGCUGUGCCGGAGAUCCAAUGUUGGGGGAGGUCCUGCCAGAUCUUCAGAAGCAGCUAGAUUUCUGUCAGAAAUCCUUAACAGGGUACCUUGAGAAAAAGCGGCUCUUGUUUCCAAGAUUCUUCUUUGUCUCUGAUCCUGCGCUCCUGGAAAUCCUCGGGCAAGCUAGUGAUUCACACACGAUUCAGUCGCAUCUUCUUGGAGUGUUUGACAAUGUCAAUGAAGCAGAGUUUGACGUCAAUCAGUAUGAUAGCAUCUUGGCUGUCCUGUCCCAAGAAUCAGAGAAACUACCGCUGGACAAACCAGUCAUAGCUCAGGGUCCAGUGGAGCUCUGGCUGGGAAAGCUACUGAUAGAACAGCAGUCAUCACUGCACACGGUCAUCAAAGCAGCAGAUGACGUAAUCAACGACGAAGAUUUUGAGCUCAUUCCCUUUCUUGACAAGUUCCAAGCGCAGGUGGGCCUCCUGGGAAUCCAAAUGCUCUGGACAAGGGACUCAGAGGAGGCCCUGGAAAGUGCAGAAUACAGCAAGGAGGCGAUGAUCUUUACCAAAAAGAAAAUGCUGAACCUCUUACGAACGCUAAUCAAGCAGACAACUUAUGACUUGACAAAGUUCGACAGGGUCAAGUACGAGACCUUGGUCACCAUCCACGUGCACCAGAGUGACAUUUUUGAAGAGCUGGUGGCAAAAUCCGUCAAAUCUACCAAUGACUUUGAGUGGUUGAAGCAAAGCAGGUUUUAUUACAAUGCCGACCAAGAUAAGGUCAUCGUGUCCAUCACCAAUGUCGACUUUAUUUAUCAGAACGAGUACCUUGGCUGUACUGACCGUCUGGUCAUCACUCCAUUAACUGACAGGUGUUAUAUUACACUGUCCCAGGCCCUGGGCAUGAGCAUGGGAGGAGCCCCCGCUGGGCCAGCCGGUACUGGAAAGACAGAGACUACCAAGGAUAUGGGUCGGUGCUUGGGAAAGUAUGUGGUGGUCUUCAACUGCUCUGACCAAAUGGACUUCAGAGGACUUGGCAGGAUAUAUAAAGGACUUGCACAGUCUGGCUCAUGGGGCUGUUUCGACGAGUUCAACAGGAUUGACCUCCCUGUUUUGUCUGUAGCUGCUCAGCAAAUUUACAUUGUUUUGGUUGCUCGUAAGACACACAAGCCAACUUUUAUCUUCACGGAUGGGGAUGUUGUUGACCUGAAUCCAGAGUUUGGCCUUUUCAUCACAAUGAAUCCUGGUUAUGCUGGUCGCCAGGAACUUCCUGAGAACUUAAAAGUGCAGUUCAGGACUGUGUCCAUGAUGGUGCCUGAUCGACAGAUCAUCAUGAGGGUCAAGCUGGCCAGUUGUGGAUUCAACGAGAAUGUUCUCCUUGCCCAGAAAUUCUUUGUACUUUAUAAACUGUGUGAAGAGCAACUUACAAAACAAGUGCACUACGACUUUGGUCUGCGGAAUAUCCUGUCCGUGUUGAGGACGCUCGGGGCUUGCAAGAGGGCGCGCCCCGAUGAUUCAGAGUCUAGCACGGUCAUGAGAGUGCUGCGUGACAUGAACCUCUCUAAACUGGUGGAUGAGGACGAGCCUCUUUUCCUCAGUCUCAUCAAUGACUUGUUUCCUGGCAUCAAACUGGACAACAGCACCUACAAUGAACUUCAAGCUGCCGUAAAGAAUCAAGUUGACCUCGCUGCUUUGGUUAACCAUCCCAACUGGAACCUGAAACUGGUUCAGCUUUACGAGGCUUCCCUUGUGCGUCACGGACUUAUGACGCUGGGACCUAGUGGUGCGGGCAAGACAGCCGUCAUCAAUAUCCUUAUGCGAGCGCUGACUGAGUGCGGAACACCGCACAGGGAGAUGCGCAUGAACCCUAAGGCCAUCACCGCGCCACAAAUGUUUGGUCGUCUCGAUGCAGCCACCAACGACUGGACUGACGGUAUCUUUUCCACUCUGUGGAGGAGGACGCUUAAGGCCAAGAAAGGGGAGAUCAUAUGGAUUGUGCUCGACGGUCCAGUGGACGCUAUCUGGAUUGAGAACCUCAACUCUGUGCUGGAUGACAAUAAAACCCUCACACUGGCAAACGGUGACCGUAUUACCAUGUCGCCAGCCUGCAAGCUGGUAUUUGAGGUGCACAACAUUGAGAACGCCUCCCCAGCUACUGUGUCACGUGUCGGUAUGGUGUUCAUGAGCUCCUCUGCUCUGAGCUGGGAACCCAUCCUCAAGGGAUGGACAAACAAGCGUAACGCUGACGAAGCAGAGAACAUAAUUGCUUUGUACGAUAGGAUAUUUUGGGAUGUGUAUUCAUUUAUGAGGCAGAAUCUCAAACCCAAGAUGCCAUUUUUGGAGUGUAACUACAUCAUGCAGUCUUGCAAUAUAUUGGAAGGUCUCAUUCCAACCAAGCAGAUGGGAGGCCUGGCCAACGACAAACAUUUAGAACGCCUCUUUGUCUUUGGUCUGAUGUGGAGUCUGGGAGCCCUUUUGGAGUUGGACGACCGUGAUAAAAUGGAGGGUUUUUUCCGAGAGCACGGCAGCAACAUUGAUCUGCCUAAAACUAAUGAGGGAGAGACCAUGUUUGAGUACAUGGUUGGGGCAGAUGGUCAGUGGUGUCACUGGAAUGAGCACGUUGGGGAGUAUGAGUAUCCAACAGAUUGUGUGCCAGACUACUCCGCCAUCCUCGUACCCAACGUGGAUAACACCAGGACUGCUUUUUUGCUAGAAACUAUUGCCAAACAAUACAAGGCCGUCUUGCUCAUUGGUGAGCAAGGGACGGCUAAGACGGUGAUGAUCAAAAGCCACGCUAAGAAAUUUGACCCUGAAACAGACCUCUUCAAGUCGCUCAACUUCUCCUCCGCUACCGAACCCAUCAUGUUUCAGCGCACAAUUGAGAGCUACAUUGAGAAAAGAAUCGGCAGCACAUACGGACCACCAGGCGGACGCAGGAUGUCGGUCUUUGUUGAUGACAUCAAUAUGCCUCUUGUUAAUGAAUGGGGUGAUCAGAUAACCAACGAGAUAGUCCGGCAAAUGAUGGAAAUGACUGGCAUGUACAAUCUGGACAAACCAGGUGACUUCAUCACCAUCGUGGACGUCCAAAUGCUGGGCGCCAUGAUCCACCCCGGUGGCGGGCGAAACGACAUCCCGCAGAGGCUGAAGAGGCAGUUUACUGUCUUCAACUGCACCCUGCCUUCCAAUACCUCUAUUGACAAGAUCUUUGGUGUGAUUGGCUGCGGUUAUUUUCAUGAGUGUAGGAAGUUCAAGCCAGACAUAACAUCCAUGGUGAAGAAGCUUGUAUCAGCUGGCAGGAUUUUAUGGCAAUGGACCAAGAUAAAGAUGCUUCCUACUCCUUCCAAGUUCCACUACAUCUUCAACUUGAGAGACUUGUCCAGGAUCUGGCAAGGAAUGCUAAAGGUGGAAGCCGAGCAGUGCAACGAUUUCAAAACCCUCGUGGCUCUCUUCAAAAGCGAGUGCACGCGUGUCAUAGCUGACAGGUUCAUUUGCCCUGAGGACAAGGAGUGGUUUGAGAAUUCUAUAACCCGUGUGGUCAAAGAGCAUGUUGACGCCAACCUCGCCGCGUCAAUCCACAAGGAGCCGUACUUUGUCGACUUCCUGCGAGAGGCCCCCGAGCCGACCGGCGAGGAGGAUGAAAACGCGUGCUUCGACGCCCCCAAAAUUUACGAACUCAUCCCUUCUUUUGAAUUCCUUGAGGACAAGCUAAAGUUCUAUCAGGCAAAGCACAACGAUGAAGUGAGGGGCGCACACAUGGACUUGGUGUUUUUCACAGACGCCAUGACUCACCUCGUCAAGAUUUCACGAAUUAUUCGCACAGAAGUUGGCAAUGCCCUCCUCGUGGGCGUGGGAGGAUCCGGGAAGCAGAGUUUGACUCGUCUUGCCUCAUACAUAGCUGGAUAUGAAGUUAGCCAGAUCACACUAACUAAAUCUUACAAUAUAUCCAAUUUCAUGGAAGAUCUGAAAAAGCUGUACAAAUCAAGUGGGGCUGAAGGCCGCGGCAUCACUUUCCUAUUUACUGACAAUGAAAUUAAACAAGAGGCCUUCCUGGAAUACCUCAACAAUGUCCUAUCAUCUGGAGAGGUUUCAAAUCUUUUUGCAAAGGAUGAGAUCCAAGAGAUCACCCAAAAUCUAAUCCCGGUCAUGAAAAAGGAAUUUCCUCGCAUUCCGCCGACCUUUGAUAACCUUUACGAGUACUUCAUUACACGGGCUCGAAAAAAUCUGCACGUUGUCUUGUGCUUCUCGCCGGUGGGACCAAAGUUUCGCUCCAGGUCCCUUAAAUUCCCAGGCUUGAUAUCUGGCUGCACAAUGGAUUGGUUCGCUCCGUGGCCCGAGGAGGCUUUGGUAGCGGUGGCUCAUCAUUUCCUCUCAGAGUUUCCUGUGGUUUGCUCUCCAGAGGUGAAAGCCUCCAUGGUGACCACCAUGGGCGUGUACCACCGUAAAGUGUCCGAGACGUGCGAAACCUACUUUGAACGAUUCAGGAGGAGAACUCAUGUCACCCCAAAAUCAUACCUGUCUUUCAUCAAUGGUUACAAGACUCUCUACCAUCAAAACCACGAGCAUAUCAAUACGCUCGCCCAGCGCAUGAACGUUGGGUUGAACAAAUUGAUGGAGGCUAGUGUGUCUGUGGCUAAACUCUCCAAAGAGCUGGAAGUCAGUGAAAAAGAGUUAGUUAUUGCUUCCGCCAAAGCCGACAAGGUGUUAGCCGAGGUGAUGAUUUCGACUGAGGCAGCCACAAUAAUCAAGAAUGAAGUCCAGAAAGUGAGCGAAAAAGCCCAGGCGAUUGUGGAUGAAAUCACGCAGGAGAGGGCUAUCGCAGAGGAAAAACUGGAGGCGGCCAAGCCGGCAUUGCAGGAGGCUGAAAAUGCUCUGAAUACUAUCAAGCCUGCUGAUAUCGCCACUGUGAGGAAACUGGCCAAGCCUCCACAUCUGAUCAUGAGGAUCAUGGACUGCUGUCUGUUGUUAUUUCAAAGAAAGCUGGAGACUGUCACUGUGGAUCCAAACUUGCCCUGUCUGAAGCCAUCGUGGCCAGAUGCCCUCAGGUUGAUGGGCGCCACAGGCUUCUUGGCGUCACUUCAGUUUUUCGUCAAGGACAAGAUCAACGAGGAGACGGUGGAGCUGUUGCAGCCCUACUUUGAAAUGGAGGAUUACACCAUGGAAAAUGCCAAGAAGGUGUGUGGCAGCGUGGCUGGUCUGCUGGCAUGGACAAGGGCUAUGGCCACCUUCUAUGGCAUCAACAAGGAAGUCUUGCCUCUAAAGGCUAAUCUGGCAGUUCAGGAAGUGCGCUACAAAAAGGCCAGCGCUGAGCAAAAAGCAGCACAGGACACGCUAGCUGAAAAGGAAGCUGAGCUAGCCCUCGUGCAAGCCAAGAGCGAUGCCGCCAGCAAAGAGAAACAGGAAUUGCUUGAUCGUUCCGAGGCGUGUAAGAAUAAAAUGCAGGCUGCCUCUGACCUCAUCGGCGGACUGAGUAACGAGAAGGUUCGUUGGACUCAGCAAAGCAAAGAAUUUAAAUCUCAGAUCAAAAGACUGGUUGGUGACGUCCUGCAGCUCACUGGCUUCCUCUCAUACUGCGGCCCCUUCAACCAGAAUUUCCGCGACAUGUUGCUGGACAUGUGGAAAGGCGAGCUGGUGUCCCAAAAAAUCCCCUUCACAGAAAACCUCAAUCUGAUCGCCACCCUGGUUGACGCUCCAACUAUCAGUGAGUGGAAUCUUCAGGGGCUGCCUGGAGAUGACUUGUCAGUGCAGAAUGGCAUUAUUGUCACUAAAGCAUCAAGGUAUCCUCUCCUGGUUGAUCCCCAGACUCAGGGAAAGACUUGGAUCACCGCAAAAGAAAGGGCCAAUAACCUGCAGGUGACGUCCCUCAACCACAGGUUCUUUCGUACGCACUUGGAGGAUUCCAUCUCCUUGGGCAAACCACUACUUAUAGAAGAUGUGGGUGAGGAGCUUGACCCCGCCCUUGACAAUGUUCUGGAGAAAAACUUUUUCAAAUCGGGCUCCAACUUCAAGGUGAAAGUGGGAGACAAGGACGUGGACGUGUCCAAUAAGUUUCGGCUUUACAUUACCACCAAACUGCCAAACCCAUCGUACACUCCAGAGGUGAGCGCCAAGACAUCCAUCAUUGACUUUACUGUCAACAUGAAAGGCUUAGAGGACCAGCUGCUGGGCCGUGUCAUCCUCGCUGAGAAGAAGGAACUAGAAAACGAGCGACUGAAACUUAUUGAGGAUGUAACGUCCAACAAAAGGAAGAUGCAGGAGCUGGAGGACAACCUGCUGUACAAACUCAGCACCACCAAAGGUUCCUUGGUGGACGACGACUCCAUGAUUGGAAUUUUGAGCACCACCAAACAAACGGCUGCUGAGGUCAGUGUCAAGCUGAGCGUCGCGGCCGAAGCAGAGGAGAAAAUCAAAGCGGCGCAGUCCGAGUAUCGCGCGGUGGCGUGCCGAGGUAGCAUUCUUUACUUCCUCAUCACUGAGAUGAGCAUGGUCAACGUCAUGUAUCAGACCUCCCUCGGUCAGUUCCUCAAAAUUUUCGACAUUUCGCUGGCCAGGUCGGAGAAGUCGGCCAAAACGAGCAAACGAAUCGCAAACAUCAUCGAAUACUUGACAUACGAAGUAUUCCGAUACACGGUGCGAGGUUUGUAUGAAAACCACAAGUUCAUCUUCACCAUGCUUAUGGCCCUGAAGAUCGAUCUGCAGAACGGCAGGAUACAACACAGUCAAUUUCAGACACUAAUCAAAGGUGGCGCUGCUCUGGAUCUGAAGGCGUGCCCGCCGAAGCCGUUCUCCUGGGUCCUUGACAUUGUUUGGCUGAACCUAGUGGAACUCAGCAAACUGCCUCAGUUUGCCAAUAUUCUCAAUCAGGUGGGCAAGAGUGGAAAACAUUGGAAAGUGUGGGCCAACGGUGAUGCCCCGGAGGAAACUGUCAUCCCAGAUGGCUACAACAACUUAGAUGUCUUCAAUAAACUCAUGCUAAUCAGGUCUUGGUGCCCGGACCGCACCUUGGCUCAGGCCCGGAAGUACGUGGGCGAGUCCAUGGGUGCCAAGUUUGCUGAGCCCGUCCUGCUGAACCUGCACGCCACUUGGGAGGAAAGCGAUACCCGUACACCACUCAUCUGCUUCUUGUCCAUGGGCUCGGAUCCAACCAACCAAAUAGAAGCCCUCGCCAAGAAGCUUAAUGUUGGAUGUAGGUCCAUCUCUAUGGGCCAAGGGCAAGAGGUGCAUGCAAGGAAGCUUGUUAGUGUUUCAAUGGCGGAGGGAGGCUGGGUGCUCCUGCAGAAUUGUCACUUGGGUCUGGAGUUCAUGGACGAAUUGUUAGAAACCGUCACAUUCACAGAGACAGUCCAUAAAACCUUCAGAGUGUGGGUCACCACUGAGCCACAUGACCUUUUCUCCAUUACGCUCCUUCAGUCCUCUAUCAAAUUCACUAACGACCCACCGCAAGGACUUCGUGCCAGCUUGAAGCGAACCUUUGUGAGCAUCUCUCAAAACCAGUUGGAAGUCAGCAACCUGCCCACGUGGAAGCCGCUGCUAUAUGGCGUCGCAUUUCUGCACUCUGCCGUACAGGAACGUCGAAAAUUUGGUCCGCUGGGAUGGAACAUUCCGUACGAGUUCAACUCUGCAGACUUCACAGCUAGCGUGGAGUUUGUGGAAAGACACCUGGAUGAUUGUGGGCCUAAAAAGGAUGUCUCCUGGGUGACGCUUCGCUACAUGCUUGCUGAAGUGCAGUAUGGAGGCAGGGUCACUGAUGAUUAUGACAAACGCCUACUCAAAUGUUUCGCCAGGGUAUGGUUCAGCAAAAAAAUGUUGGACCCAUCCUUUUGCUUCUACACUGAGUACCAAAUCCCUAUAUGUAAAACCAUUGAGGAAUAUGUGGAGUACAUACAGGGUUUGCCUGCUGUGGACUCCACUCAAGCACUGGGGCUGCACCCCAAUGCUGACAUCGUCUACCAGAAAAACACGUCGGCAGAGGUGCUCGACACCAUCACUAACAUCCAGCCUAAGGAGAGCGGCGGCGGCUCAGGGGCUACCCGAGAGAGCAUCGUGUACGCCAUGGCCGAGGACAUGCUGGACAAGCUGCCGCGUGACUAUAUUCCUCAUGAGGUCCGAGCCAAUCUGAAGAAAAUGGGGCCUCUGAACCCCAUGAACAUCUUCUUGCGCCAGGAAGUGGACCGCAUGCAGAGGAUCAUCUCUGUGGUGCGCAGCACUCUGCAGGAUCUCAAGCUGGCCAUUGAGGGAACCAUCAUUAUGAGCGAGACCCUGCGAGACGCACUGGACAAUAUCUUUGACGCCCGUGUACCCAACCUGUGGAAGAAGCUCUCCUGGGAGUCUACCACGCUGGGGUUCUGGUUUACUGAGCUCCUGGAUAGGAACAGACAAUUUUACAGCUGGGUGUUCGCCCGCCGGCCCAAAACUUUUUGGAUGACUGGUUUUUUCAACCCACAGGGUUUCCUCACUGCGAUGAGGCAAGAGGUGACCAGAGCAAACAAAGGAUGGGCUCUGGAUUCAGUCACCCUGAACAACAAAGUCCUUAAGAAGACCAGGGAGGAGAUCAAGUCCGAUCCAGAAGAAGGUGUGUACGUUCAUGGAUUGUUCCUGGAAGGCGCCGACUGGGACAAAAAGAACUCGGUCCUUUGCGAAUCGGCGCCAAAAGUGCUUUUCACGCCCCUGCCCGUCAUUCACAUGUUCGCCAUCAACUCUACCGCCCCUCCUGACCCCAAGUACUACGUGUGCCCUAUUUAUAAGAAGCCCAAGCGCACAGACCUUAAUUACAUCACCGCCGUGGUGCUGGGUACCUCUCACCCUCCCGACCACUGGAUCAUGCGCGGCGUGGCCCUCCUCUGUGAUAUCAAAUGAGCGUACAGACAUCUGUGCUCAUUUCCUUUAUUGUCAGAUUAUUUUAUUAAAUCUAGUUUUUAUGAAUUUAACUGUGUUUCUCUCACAU